GGUACAGGAGCUGAUACAUUGUAUCUCAGCAUCUGUCCCUUUCUCCACUCAGUCCUACCACUCAUCCUACCUUCCUUCUUUCGCUCCCUUCUUCUCUUUGUGACCUUUUUACCUCUGCCAUUUUCUUGCUUGCUGGAGCACAUCGCUGGCCGUGACGUCGUUGGACUCCAAAACCCUCCCUGUGUUUGAUAACCAAAAACCCAUUUCAGCAUUAGGGGGAAGAUGUCCCUGAAAGCCGCCACCAGCAACAUCACCAACAAAAAUGACCCCAAGUCACUAAAUUCUCGAGUCUUUAUUGGGAACCUAAACACAGCCGUGGUGAAGAAGAGCGACGUGGAGUCCAUCUUCUCCAAGUACGGACGAGUAGUUGGCUGCUCCGUGCACAAAGGAUAUGCAUUUGUACAGUAUUUGAACGAAAGGCACGCACGAGGAGCUGUUCUUGGUGAAAACGGGCGAGUCCUAGCUGGACAGACCUUGGAUAUUAACAUGGCAGGAGAGCCAAAGCCCAACAGACCUAAAGGACUAAAGAGAGCAGCAGCGGCAUUGUACAGCGGCUAUGAUCUUGACUUUGAUUACUAUCGAGAUGACUUCUACGAGAGGCUAUUUGAGUAUCGAGGCAGGGUGUCUCCUGCUCCUCGGGCAGCCCCGGCUAAGCGCCCACGUGUGACGGUCCCACUGGUACGACGGGUAAAAUCGGCACUGCCGGUCAAACUGCUGGCCAGGUCGGCGGCAAUUACAGGGAACGCAGCCAGACUAAAACUGAGAAGCAAUGAGAUCCAGACAAUUAAAUCCGAGCUCACGCAGAUCAAGUCAAAUAUCGACGCUCUGCUCGGCAGGUUGGAGCAGAUAACGGAUGAACAAAAGCCAUGCGCAGCUCUAACGGCCAGGAAAAAAUCAGACUGCAACCGGAGUGAGUUUUCACAAGAUGACAGCACGUCGGAGGCAGGUGACACAAACACAGAUGAGCCACUCAACGGGGAAGAAGGAGAGGACCUGACACAAGACAUCUGCACGGAUGACCUGGUAUGAAGCAAGGGAUCAACCGGGGGGGGGGGGUUUGAGGAAUGAGCGUCAGAUUGGGAAUGGGGGAAACAUAAAAAAAGUGAUAGCGACCAAGGAGAAAGCCUCAAAUAAUAACAGAAGUGAAGUAUAUAAAUCUGGAAAUUCAAUGAAACAAAGGAUCAAAUUUAUAAGAUGAUUUACAGCAGAAAGGAGAA